AUGACGGAACAGUUUGCGCGGAUACUGAAUCAGUCGUCCAUGUUGCUGUUGGUGACUUUCUUAACUCCUGUCUACAGAGGUCAAAAUGAUAUAUCGCUUUUCACAGAGUUAGCGAGGGAAUAUUGGAACUGUAACGAGGACCUUUUGUCAGUGGAAGUACCUCAGAGGCGAUUGAUCACUCCAAAAUACAUCUCACAAGAACUUGCAAAUGAUAAGCAGGCAUGUGAAGAAGUGACGGAAGGUAGAAAUUGCUCCGAAAUGCAGAAGCCGCCGUUCCCUGCGCAAGGUAACGCGUGUGAAAAAACAAUGGAUAUACCUUCUUCAUAG